ACAGGCUGUAGCAGGGAGGGGCUGGGUGCCGUAAACAGCCAAGUGCCACUGCAAGCUGGCUGGGUCUCUGGUGUGGGGAGGAGCAGUGCCAGACCCUCCGGGACGGAGCCGCACUGACCCACAGCUGGCCUUGCCCAGCUCCUCGGCCCACCCUGCAUGCAGCCUCCAGGGCUUGAUUCCUGCCCACGGAGGUACCUGGUUCGUGCUGAGCCUAGGUCUGACCUGCCGUGCGGCUUGCCUGUCGUCCCCUCGGAGGGAAUGGGACUGAGGUGCCAUGUCUGACGUGCUGGUGGGAUUGUGAGCCUGCAGCCGUUGCUGCAGUGGCUGGAGCGAUGCUGCGCGGGGUCCGCCUGCUGCUGCCCUGCAGUCCUGCCUAGCCCAUGGAGGGUGCCUUGGAGCAGUGCUGCUGCUGAACAGGCCCGAGAGCCAGCCAGGCCCCUGCGGUGAUUUGGAGGCAGAGCCCGACGCCCGUGAUGGUGGGAGCCAUUCCUCGGCAGCCGCGCCGCUUCUGGGGGGUGCCCGGAUGGCAGGUGUCUCCAGCUAGCUGUGCCAACGACCGUCUGCUGCUGGGGCAGGAGAGCUGCUCGGCGAGGGGUGGGUGAUGCGGCGCUGCAGUGCACUCCGUAGCGGGGGGCUUGUCCAGAGGGAAGGGGUCUGACACACCACCCCCUUUCUUCAGCCCCGUGACCUCGUGACACCGUACCCCCUUCCCUGCCGCUUUAUGGGCUGUUUCGUCUUUGGCUCUGGUUGGGGUCCAGCCCGCUAAGGCUCCAUGCGGCACAUCCAUGCUGAGACGUCCCUCCCCCAGGAGCAUGGCACGGACUCGGGCCUGUCCCGGCCAGGCGGCCAGGCGGCCUUGGAGCCCGCCCCAGAGCGCUGCCCCCGCCGCAGCAUCGUGAUGGGCUACAACAAGACAGAGAUCAAGCGCCAGAAGGUUUACCAGGUCUCCAUCUUCUCCCACCUCUCCAGCUCCUCCGAGCCGGCAGACCAGAGAGCCGGGGGUGGGCGGCAGGCCAUCAAGAGAGGGUACCCAGAGCAGUGGGCUCCGGAGGCUGGGCGGGAUCCCAAGCGAGCCCACUGGGGGGGUACGGGGGCUGAGGCCAGGCAGGACGGGGUCCCUGGGGAGCUGCCCCCUGGCCAGGACUCCCCAGAUGAUGACGCCUUGGAGGACGGGCUGCUGGUGGAGGAGCUGUCCCUUUGCGGCUCGGCCCAGCACUUCUCCCACAGCGGCCUACGAGUGGUGGAGCACCGAUGUGAAGGCAGCCCUGGCCGGGCAGGGGCCUGGGAGGGCAGCCCCAGGGCCUGCAGAGAGGACAGAUUGCGGGAGGCUGCCUCCUCCUGGCCACAGCACACAGCUUGCAGCACUUUGCACAUGAGAGACAGUCGCCCUGCCCAGCUUGGGGAUGGCCCCCUGGGGAGCCCCAGAGCCUGUGGCUCAGUGGGGGGCAGGGAGUUCCCCUGGCUGGCUGGAGCCAGGGAGCAGCCUGUGGAGGGGAACGGGGCCCAGAGGGAGGAAAGGGCUAGCAGCCAAAAUCUACUUGACAUUGAUUUGCACAAUAUUGCACAAAAAUCCUGGGCAGCCUCGGGUGGGAGGGGGGAGGAGCAGCCAGGGGGCAGCCCCGCCCACAGCAACGGGGCUGGUAGAGAAGGGGAGCCGCUGACUGGGCACAAGGAGCCCAGCACCCCACGGGUGGCCCCGGACCCCGGGAGCAACGGCCUGGGCUCCUUGGAGAAAACGCCCUCUGUGGGCAGCAGGCUCCCCGGGGCCGGCGGGGGCAGCUGCGCGGCUAAGAGGAAGCUGCUGCCCUCGGGCGAAGGUGUGGCGGACUCGUGUUCGGAAGACGAGAGCGUGGUGCCGGCGAGGAAGAAGAGGGUCCCGCUGUGCCACCCCAUCCUGACUGCCUGCCGCAGCACCGACGCCAAGGGCGCCCCCUUCUGGAACCACCUGCUUCCAGGAGCCAAGAGCUCAGCAGGUGGCACUGCGGUGGGGCGACGGCUAAAGCGUGGGCUGCGCCUGAAAUCGAGACAUCUCCGCAGCAGUCUCCGGAAGGGGCCUGUGGGCACCCGGCCCUCUGCAGCUUCCUGGGCCACCACCUCCAUCAGCCAUGCUCUGCUGGGGAACUUUGAGGAGUCCAUCCUGAAGGGGCGCUUCGCCCCGUCGGGCAGGAUUGAAGGGUUCACCGCGGAGAUUGGGGCCAGCGGCUCCUACUGCCCCCAACACGCCACCUUACCCGUCGACGUGACCUAUUUCGACAUCUCGGAACACCGCGCACCCUCGCCUUUCCUGGGAGUGAUAGACUUGGAAGCCUUGGGAAAGAAGGGGUACAGCGUCCCCAAAGCUGGAACCAUCCAAGUGACCUUAUUUAACCCUAACAAAACUGUGGUGAAGAUGUUCCUGGUGACGUACGACUUCCAGGACAUGCCAGCCAACCACAUGACCUUUCUGCGUCACCGCAUCUUCCUGGUGCCCGUGGGGGAGGAGGGGCCCGGCGAGACACCCAGCGACCCAGCCUGUGCCAGCCCGCCCAGGAGGGUCCUCUGCUACCUGAUGCACCUGAGGUUUCACAGCUCCAAGUCGGGCAAGAUCUACCUUCACGACGACAUCCGGCUGCUCUUCUCCCGCAAGUCGAUCGAGGUCGACUCGGGGAUCCCCUACGAACUGAAAUCCUUCACGGAGAUGCCAAGGAACCCCUGCUACUCACCCCGGGCCUGAGCGCGGGGAGCCCCACGCCCCCCUCUCCACCCUCACCCCUGCACUUCGUAGACAAGUAAAGGGCAAGAGAGCGGAGCCGUCUCCUCCCCCAGAGGUGGGGUGGUGAGGCACAGACACACCCCUCCCUUGACAGCAGCUUCGCGCCUGUGCCAGAGUGAGCACGAGGCGGCGGGGGGGGAGGGGAUGGGAUCAUGGAGAUGGCUGCAUGGCGUGAGCAGGAGCUGGUGCGCUGGCUCCUGUGCCCCCAGCGGGUCAGAGACGCCCCAUGGCCUCUGGCAGCACAGCUCCAAGCCGCCCCCAGCGGGUCAGAGACGCCACUAGGCCUCUGGCAGCACAGCUCCAAGCCGUGCCCUUCAAGGGAGGCUCGGGGGCAGGCGGGGCUCGGACUGGGCGGAGCGGAGCUGGCUCCCAGGCUGUGGGGAGGGAUGGAGCAGAUGUCCGCUCUCAGAGGGGGAGGUACUGUAUUUAUUUGUAUUUAUUGUUGGUGGGGAGCCAGGAUGGAGGGUCCACGGUGUGGCUCAUAACCCAGCCUUGAUCACAAGUGCAGCGAGUCUGACGGGCUCUGCUCGUGGUGCCCUGUGCAUGUCGCACGCCCAGCUGGGCAGCCCAGCACGACAGCAGGAGCUGAGCAAGAGACACGCAGGACUGGAAUAGCAGGGGAGACUGAGUCAGGAUUGAGGGGUAUCAACAGAACUGGUUGGUAGGACUGGGGCUGUGGGUUGGGAUUGAGGGGCACUGGUAGGGCGGUGGGGAGCCCAGGGCUGCAGGUAGGGAGUGAGAGGCACUGGCAGAGCUGGGAGUCUGGGGGGGAGCCCAGGGCUGGGCUAGCAGGGGGCUGCAGGUCAGGAGUGAGGGGCACUGGCAGGGCUGGACAUGCAGGGCCUGUGGGCUGAGACUGAGGGGUGUUGGCAGAACUGGGGGGGGGAGGGGCUCUUCUCUUGCCCUCACUAGCCUUAGUGCUCUCUACAGAAGCCCCAACUCCACCUGAGGGAACCGGAGGGCUGGCAAGCGCCCCUGCGCAUGGCCCGGAGGAAAGGCCUCGUGUGGCCUGCUGGGCCCUGUCUCCCCAGGGAUUGGGCCCUUGUUCAGGCAGUUGGGGGAGCCUCUGUUCCUGCUCCCCCUCCCCCUGGGGGCAAGUCCAGCCCCUGGGGUGUCCCUGGAUAGCAGGGAAGUAGUUGGCUGCAGCCCUGGGGGGCAAGGGGUCUGUAUUGGGGCCUCGCCCUGGCCACCCCUGCUGUUCAACGUCCAUGCGAGCUGGGCUGAGCUGUGUCUGUUGUCAUGGCUAUUGCUACAGGAGACUUCUCAAAGGAAGCCCAAGCCCCUGUGAGAGGGGGAGGGGGCUCUCUCCUCCCCCCUCCCUCCCAGAGCAGGGCUGUGGGGCACCCCGGGUUUCGGCGUGUCUGCUGCAGAUUGGCGUGGCAGUGGUCCGAAGCCCAGGGCCCUCACUAACCAGGCUGUGUUGGGGCGGGGUUCUGGGGUAAUACUGGCCCAUGGAUCCCCCUGCCCCGCUGGAGCUGGUGGGAGGUGUGGCUGUCUCUGAGGACGCAGGAAAGCCAAACCCUCCAGCUGCAGCAGAGAGCUCCUGGCCCCCAGGCGCUGGGCACGGGCUGAGUGAGGCCAAGAGGGGCCUUGCAAGUGAGAAGGGGAAGCCAGAGGGUGCACGUGGUCACUCGCUGGCCGCACGUCUGGUAUGAUGGGUUACAGGAGGGGGAUCCUAGGGGCUGGGCUGACCCCGUAGCUCCCUGCCUGAGAGCAGAGACAGUGCUGGCCUCCCAAGGCCCCACGUGGCUGUAAUUACCCCAUCUCCCGCCAUGGGAGAUGGUCCUUCCCCUCUGUCAGUCCCUGCCUGGGCUCCUCUCUCCUGCCUGGGGAGGGUUGAGUGAGCUCUGCCGGAGUCACCGCAGCCUGGCUGACCCUUCCAGACCCAGGGGCUGAGCCCUCCAGGGGGAAUUCUUGCAUGUCCCUCAGCCGUGAGUCACCUGAGCUCCCCUGGCUGGGAAUGAGCCGCUGCCUGCCUUGCUUGGGGCUCAGGGCAGGUGACUGGAAGUGGCUGCACUGCGGGAUUGGAUGGCAGGAGGAGACGGGUAGGGGGCAAUGGCUCCAGCCCUGUGACCUAGCAAACUUGGGGAGAAAAGAAUGGGCGGGGGGGCGAGCACAGGGCUCAAUGUUUGGGGCAGUCACAGGGAUGGGAUUUAGGGUCGCUUGGAGCAAUAUCUCCCCAGCCUGGAAGAACCCUGCAGAGAAUGUUAUGGAACCUGUCCUGGCCCCAGAUGUGAGGGAAGUGGGGGUGGGGAGGAGGUGGCCAGAGAAAUGGGGAGACCUUGGCGCUCUCCCUUGCCCAGGAGUCUGGCCUGAGAUCUUGGGGGUAUAAAUCCGGCCCUCCCUGCGACCCAGGGUGGUGGGGAGUUAAACGAGGACCCCUAAGGAUGGAGUGGGAAGACCUGCACACACCUCCCCCAGCAGGAUGAAGCAUGAACUGUCGCAUGCCAGGCCCUGGGGCUGAGGGGAAAAUCCUGCAGAGCACAGUUCCUCCUUCCCUAGUGCGGAUCAAGGGUGGCAGGAGUGAGGACUACAGUUCCCAGCAGGCCGUGCACCAUCUCCAGCUGAGCAGCUCUUCCCACAGCAGGUGGGGAGGGACUCUAUGUUAAAUGGAACUUUUAGCAGCAGGCCUUUGUGCAGAGCCUGUGUCGCAGCCCAGCCGGGGCACUGGGUGGCCGGAGCGAUCUCUCCAUUUCAAAUGAGGCUGUCAGGCCCCUGAGGGAGCGAGUGACUCCAGCCCCGCUACCUCAGGUUAGAGCUGCUGCUUCGUAAGUUUCAUGGGAAGGCUCGGUCGUCCCCUCCCCCAUGGCCCCUAUAGCUGCUGGGGUGGGCACGGGCCCUCAGCGCUGUUGUUCACACAAUCUUGCGUCCUGCUCCAGAAAUGAGUUGGGGGAACAAACACUCACAAAAACUUGAAAAAAAAGAGAAGAAGAAAUAUAGUACCUGGUACUUCUCCUUUGUAAUUUAAUAAAUGUUUGUUUGGAAACGGAA